UAAUGAUCAUUCUUUCAAUCAUAUACGAAUAAAUAAUUAUUCUUUUAUUAUUUAAUUGCUAUAUAUACUACUUAGAAUUCUAUACUUUCUAGUUUGUAGUGCCGUAAUCGAAUUUGCUUUGAAGCUUGUACAUUUUCGUACAAAAGAGAUUGGAGUUUUGACUGUUGGUUGAUGGUUCUUGACCCUUAUAGGCCUCAGCUCAGCCUUUCUGAUAUCAAUUCAACCGCCAAAUUUAUUUUGCUUUUCUGGGAACAGGUUUUCAGAGCUUGCAAAAGUGAAGUAAAGAUAUAAGAGAAAUGAGUCAAUCUAAAAUUAAGCGGCGCGUGGGUAAAUAUGAGAUAGGAAGGACAAUUGGGGAAGGAACAUUUGCUAAAGUGAAGUUUGCAAGAAAUACAGAGACUGGAGAACCUGUGGCACUUAAGAUCCUUGAUAAAGAGAAGGUUCUCAAGCACAAGAUGGCUGAACAGAUCAAGAGGGAAAUAGCAACAAUGAAGUUGAUAAAGCAUCCAAAUGUUGUCCGUUUAUACGAGAUAAUGGGAAGCAAGACAAAGAUAUUUAUUGUUUUGGAGUAUGUCACCGGGGGAGAGCUCUUUGACAAAAUUGUAAACAACGGAAGGAUGAGAGAAGAUGAGGCACGGAGAUAUUUCCACCAGCUCAUUAAUGUUGUUGAUUACUGCCAUAGCAGAGGCGUCUACCAUAGGGAUCUUAAGCCUGAAAAUUUGCUGUUGGAUGCAUAUGGUAACCUCAAAGUUUCUGACUUUGGGUUGAGUGCACUAUCUAAGCAAGUCAGGGAUGAUGGUCUCCUUCACACUACCUGUGGAACACCAAAUUACGUUGCUCCUGAGGUCCUUGAUGAUGGAGGCUAUGAUGGAGCUACUGCAGACCUGUGGUCGUGUGGAGUGAUACUCUUUGUGCUGCUUGCAGGUUACUUGCCUUUCGAUGAUUCUAAUCUUAUGAACCUGUACAAAAAGAUUUCAGCAGCUGAAUUCACUUGCCCCCCUUGGUUAUCUUUUAGUGCAAUGAAAUUGAUAACUCAAAUCCUGGAUCCAAACCCGAUGACUCGCAUUACUAUUCCUGAAAUUUUGAAAGAUGAAUGGUUUAAAAAGGGUUACAAGCCUCCUGUGUUCAAGGAGAAAGACGAUACGAAUUUAGACGAUGUAGAAGCUGUUUUUAAAGAUUAUGAAGAGCACCAUGUAACAGAACAGAGAGACGAACAACCAACAGCUAUGAAUGCAUUUGAGUUAAUUUCUAUGUCAAAAGGGUUAAACCUUGGGAACCUGUUUGAUGCAGAAGAGGGAUUUAAGAGAGAAACAAGGUUUACAUCUAAAUGUCCUGCUAAUGAGAUCAUCCAUAAGAUCGAAGAAGCUGCAAAGCCUCUCGGGUUUGAUGUCCACAAGAAAAACUACAAGAUGAGACUCCAGAAUUUGAAAGCAGGAAGAAAAGGAAACCUUAAUGUCGCCACUGAGAUAUUUCAAGUGGCACCUAGUUUACAUAUGGUUGAGGUCCGAAAAGCAAAGGGGGACACAUUGGAAUUCAAUACGUUCUACAAAAGCCUUUCGACCUGUCUGGAAGAUGUUGUCUGGAAAACGGAGGAGGACAUGAAAGAAGUGCACGUUUGAGUUGACCCAUGUUUCCAAGUUGAAUGAAAAUUGUGGAUGGUUUUGUUGUUGUUUGUUGAAUGUUGAAUGUUGUUUUUGGCCCAAUAUAUCUUCAUUCUUUUCUAGGAUUAAACAGCCAUGGUGGUUCUAGUUGUUUUCCAUGUUAUUAGUUAUUGGAAAGCAUGGAUAAUUCCCAUGGAAUGUGGUGGUUGUAUUUACCCUUUAAAAUGUUAAUGAUGAUUAAAUGUUUCAUGAUAUUUGCCAAGAAAAAA